AUGUUGCUCUCUUCUCUCCUCGCCGUGGCUGUGGCCGUCAUCCCCACCACCGUCAGUGCCUACCCAAUCACCGGUGAUACUGUGAACUGUCGUUCCGGUCCUGGCACUAGCUACAGUGUUGUCAAGACGUACAAGAAGAGUGACAACGUUUCGAUCACUUGCCAAGCCUCGGGCACCAACAUCUAUGGUGACAGCCUUUGGGAUAAGACUUCUGACGGCUGCUAUGUGGCCGAUUACUACGUGAAGACCGGCUCCACCAAUUACGUUACCAAGAAGUGCGACGACAGCGGCAGCGGCAGCGGCAGCGGCGGCGGUUCCAGCAGUGGAUCGGGUAGCUCGAUUGUUGAUGCUGCUGAAAAGGAGAAGGGCCUGCCCUACGUCUGGGGCGGCGGCGGUUGCAAUGGUCCCUCAGGAGGUGGCUUUGACUGCUCUGGUUUGACCCAGUACUCCAUUUGCAAGGCCCUGAAGAAGACGGUCCCUCGCACUGCGCAGACCCAAUAUGAUGCGACCAAUAUGGGCAAGCGUAUUCCUCGAUCUGAGGCCAAGGAGGGCGACCUUCUAUUCUGGGGUGAGAAUGGUAACUGCAAGACUGGUGUUGUGCACGUUGGUAUCUUCAUUCGCGAUGGUUGGAUGAUCAAUGCGGCACGCACUGGUACCCCGGUCCGUGAACAGGCUAUCUGGACUUCCUAUGGUGGUGAGAGCAUCUGCGACUAUGCCAUGAGGCCGUAG